AUGCAGAAUUCCUGCUCAGUCACUCAAUCUUUCCCACUCAAUCGUCUCGCCACCGAACUCCGUAUCAAAAUCUGGUCUUUUGCUUUUCCUGAACCUGCGUGGAUUAUCCAAGUCCCGCACCCAACCAAAUUGGCUAAGUUCACAUAUACGAGACCCGUCCCUGCUAUCUUACAGGUUUGCAAAGAAGCGCGAGACGAAUAUAUCGACACCGACGCGGUCGAGCUUCAAGCACUAGUGAAAGAGAGGAGAAAGCGUCAUCCUGUAUAUAAGCUAUGCUUAGCCAAAGACGGAGAAUCCCCAGUCUAUUUCUCCUACGAACUCGACACUUUUUGCGGCUUACGGUACUCAGACGAGACACUCCAAGAAAAUGGAGAAGUCUGUUUACAAAUCAGAGUUGAUCAGACGUGUGCGAUACGAAAACUCGACAUCUGUCACUUUCUUCAGCACCUCGCCCUAGAAUAUACCCCACGUGUCCAGAGCCGCCUACACGAAGGCGAUAAUGAAGCGUCGGUCCUCCGUGCUCUGUUCCCUGCUCUCAAGACCCUCACCUACGUUGCGUCCGCCUGCAUCGCUUUCCCUAGAGUUCUUCCUGUCGCGCCGAUCGUGGCGUUCCCAGCACCGCCCGAGAUGGAUCCUGCGCUUAGCAUGCGAAUAAACUGUCGAGGAUGUCGGAUUCCUCUUUUGCAAGGGCUAAAGAGGAUAGAUAGCGAUUUUAGGUGGGAGGUGGAAAACGGGUGGGGGCUUAAGAUGGUGGUGGUGAGGAGUGCGGAGGGGGUUGUGGGUGGGGAGAGGGUGGGGAGGGAUAUGGUGAGGGAGAAUCGGUAUACGAGACAGGAGUCUAGUAUAUUGCAAGAUUAUUUUAUUGAAAAGGGAUGGGAAGGGAUGUGGUGA